GAACGUGCAAGGGCAGCAAAGAUGGCGGCCUGUGCGCUACGCCGAGGCUUGCUGAGCAGCGUCAGUAAAUAUAACAAGAAGCACACACACAGAAUACUGAGUGUCGCUGACAGUACCGGCUGCUUCGAGGCGUUCAGACCGCGGUUCCAGUGCCGAACCUGCGGACUGCCCGGCGCUGUUCAGACCAGGAGGUUCAUGUCCUCACGGAACAGGCCUGAAGGGAAGAUUUUGGAGACUGUGGGAGUGUUUGAGGCUGUAAAGCAGCAUGGCAAAUACGAAACGGGACAGCUGUUUCUCCACAGUGUGUUUGGCUACAGAGGCAUUGUCUUGUUUCCUUGGCAUGCCCGACUCUACGACCGAGACAUCACCCCUCCCAUGUCUGACAGCAAACCCGAGCCCCCAGGAGCCCACGGCUCCAAGGAGGUGAAGGGGAAGACUCACACCUACUACCAAGUUCUCAUCGACACCAGGGAUUGCCCUCAUAUAUCUCAGCGCUCUCAGACAGAGGCAGUGACGUUUCUUGCCAACCAUGAUGACAGCAGAGCCCUGUACGCCAUUCCAGGUCUGGACUAUGUGAGCCAUGAAGACAUUCUGCCCUACAACUCUGCAGAGCAGGUCCCCAUUCAGCACGAACUGUUUGAGCGCUUCCUCAUGUACAACCCUGCAAAAUCUCCUCCGUUCACAGCCAGAGACACUCUGAAGGCAUGGCAGGAGAAGAACCACCCUUGGCUGGAGCUCUCAGACGUCCACAGAGAGACCACUGAGAACAUCCGAGUCACUGUCAUCCCCUUCUACAUGGGAAUGAGGGAGGCCCAGAACUCCCAUGUUUAUUGGUGGCGCUACUGUAUCCGUCUGGAGAAUAUGGGUAACGAGGUGGUUCAGCUGAGAGAGAGGCACUGGAGGAUCUUCAGCCUGUCAGGAACCCUGGAGACGGUCCGAGGACGAGGCGUUGUAGGCAGGAGGAGUCGCCCCCUGCUGCCCAUUGUAAAGAAUGAGCCAGUGUUAUCUAAAGAACAGCCAGCCUUCCAGUACAGCAGCCAUGUGUCUCUACAAGCCCCCAGUGGUCAUAUGUGGGGGACGUUUCGUAUUGAAAGGACCGAUGGAUCCCACUUUGACGUUCGCAUUCCUCCUUUCUCCCUGGAGAGCAACAAAGAUGACAAAGCGCCCCCUGCUGGCUACACAUUUUAAGUGUCACCUCCCACCUGUGAGCCCCCAGACAUGCUGUCAGUCCUGGUCGUGUCUGGGUUAUCUAGAAUUGUCCUUUCUCUGUGACAUGGCCUCGGCAUAGAUUAGUGUCAGGCAGGUCAAGCAGAGGGAAAUUAAACCCCUUCUAGAUAAUCCAGAUGCAGGUCCACCUUACCAUUAUUUUUGUCAGAGUUCACCCAGCAGCAGUAUGUCAGUGAUUAAAUCGUAUUGGCUGAAAAUCAAUCUGCAGUCCUGUACAUCUUCACUCCAUGUUGAGUUUGAAGAGACAUGCACAGUGAAGUGAAAGACAACUGGGUGGUAGGAAGGAGAAUUAAUGCUGCUGAGCAGAGCUGGUCCUGAAAUGCCAUGGCUGAAAUGUUGACUGGGUUGUUUUUAUAGAGGGAGUGUUUCCUGCUAAGAUCUGGGCUCACAAGAAAGAAAAGCAUCUUCAGCUGAUCUUUAAACUGAGGCCUCAGGUGAAUGUCAAAGUCAACUAAUAAGCUAUGAGUAUACAUUCACACUCCUCAUGACAACAUGAGUUUUAUCCUGAACCCUUUUCUCCUGUCAUGGCUCUUGAGCGUACAACUAUCCAAUCACAGCUGAGUUAUGUAGGACUUCUGUGAGCAACUUAAGCGAGGGAGAACCGUUGAAUUCUGGGCUGGUAGCACAGAAGUGGUUCUGAUUUAUUGUGAUGCAACAGGGAAGCACAGUGGAUGUCACCCAUCAACAGAAAAUCAUGCGUUCAUGUCAAGAUGAAACCAAGUCUUCAAAAAUUUUAAGUGAAAAAUAGACAACUUCGUAUAUUGUUCAUGUUAGUAUCUAGUUGGGGCAUCUUUGCCAGCAGUUACAGCUUUGGGUCUGUCAUUUAUUUUCCCAGUCUUUUGUGCAGUUCUGCUUCAGCCCUGUCAGAUUGCACUUUCAGGAUUAUAGUCCACAGAGAACAUUGUUAUUACUUAAAGACUUCCUGGGCUUUCUGUAAAGAGGCAUUCCCAUGGCGUGAUGCUGCCACCAAAAGGCUUCAUGACGUGUUCAUGUCCUGUAGGAUGGAUGGCAGAGAUGGAACAAAUCCAGCACUAACAUGUUUACUUGAAUGACCAACUCGAGAUGGUUGUAUUAUUAGACUUAAAGAUACUGUGCAUCGACACUAAGGCACUAUAUUUACUAAAUAUGAUCACAUGUAGUUGAGUAUAUUAGAUAGCUCUCCAAAAAAGCAGAGCUUUCAGAAAAAUCUGAGCUUCCCAGUUGUGUUUACUACCUUUAUGCUGACAUGGAACUGUUGAGAAGUUGAAAGUUUUUAGCGUUUUUAGUACUUAACUGUCUCAGUCUCGGAAGUCUCCUUUAGUGUCCACAAGCCUCUUGGCAGCCGCUUUCAUCACUGCCCAUUGUUGUGCCAUAUCCUUUUAAUUGUUAUAAAGCAGUAUAUUUUCCCCUUGUGACAGUUUUUCUUUACCCUGAUACACAUUUCUUAUUAUGCCAAAAGCAAAAAACAAUCAUCAGUAUUUCCAUAUGCAGAUGUACUCUAUUUAAACCUUGCGAUUCCUUGUCAGACUCUCAGUACACUGGAGACUUGUGUUCAUAUGGAUCAGACUAUUAAAGUAGCUGCUCCAGUCAUAAUCUCAGUGGGAGAAUCCUUACACCAUCCAUUAGUUAGAGUUCCAUAUAUGCACAUACCUGUGGAGGUCUCUUUAAAGAUUUCUCCUCGACGUUAAAAUUCUGUUGCUCGGUGCUUCAAUUUAUCAUCCACUGUGAUUCCAUGUUGUGAAAGCUCGAACUGAAAAAAGCAAAGUCUAAAUACUUCGUGUAAGCAGUGAACUGUGUGUGUUGACAGCCAAAAGUAGAUCCUCCUCCAGCUGGAGGCGAGGGUCAGGUGUGAGUUGUCUUUGAAUAACAAAAGCAGCACACCUUAAAGUAAUUAAACUCAGCCGGUGGCAGCCAGUGUUGUGGCUAACAGGAGGACAGUGUGUGUGAAAUGUCUCUGCAGCCUCUGCUUUCUGUUAAAGCCAGAAUGAAGUCUUCAUCCUGUACUCACACACUGGAUGUCUGUCAUCAAGGCUGACUGUUUGACUUUGCAAAAGAGAGCUAUGAGCCUAACACUUCUCUCAUAAAGUGAGGAAAGAAACUAACAUUUUUGUUUUCAUAAGUGAUUUGAAGCAACUAUGAUGGUUGAAAUGCUACUGUAAAUAGAGAUGUAAUUAAAGGCAAAAUAAAUAUACCUUUUGAAAAAUA